CAUUCUUGCCAAUGUGCACUGUGCUUCCCGUGGCCUGACUGUAAACCAGGGCCAGACUGCUGAGCUGUUUCUAUGGUGCUACAUCAGAGGCUUAGGCCAAUCACAUGGCUCGUGGGGGGACCGUGUGGGCUGUAGUAGCUAAGAGAGUAAGUUUGUGAAUUUACUUUUGUUUGGUACAGAGAAGACAACUUUCCUAGGAGAGCGCAGGAGAAGAAAACUCAUCACUUUCGAUGGAAUGACGACUGGUUCCUGUUGGCUGCAGUCUCAGCGUGGACACUGAGUCUUUGAAGCUAUUGAGUUUAGUCACUUCCACUUGUAUUGCUGUAGAACACUUUCUUCAUGUUUUAUGGGAGGGAAGUGAGCAAGCGACGAGGAAGAAUUCACCCUGAAAACAGGGUCAGAAAGAAGUAGUUUUUUUGGAACCUGCUCAGGACAGAACGAAAGUUGUAGAGAGAAAACUCAGUUGCUAUGGCAGAUAAUGUUAUAGAGGAGACCGAUAACUACCCUGGCAAAGAUGAGCUGGACUGGGGCUAUGAAGAAGGUGUUGAAUGGGGUCUUCUGUUUCCUGAGGCAAAUGGAGAGUACCAGUCUCCCAUAAACCUUAACUCUAGGGAGGCCCGCUAUGACCCUCGGCUUCUGGAGGUGGGGCUUAACCCCAACUAUGUCGUUUGCAGGGACUGUGAAGUCAUUAACGACGGUCAUACUGUGAGGAUCAUGCUCAAGUCCAAAUCAGUUGUGACUGGGGGUCCUCUCCCGAGUGACCACGAGUAUGAACUAAGCGAGGUGCGCUUCCACUGGGGCAAAGAGAACCAGAGGGGAUCUGAGCACACUGUCAACUUCAAGGCUUUUCCUAUGGAGCUUCAUCUCAUCCACUGGAACUCUACAUUAUUCAACAGCGUGGAGGAGGCCAUGGGCAAGAAAAAAGGCAUCCUUAUCAUCGCCCUGUUUGUGCAGAUUGGGAAGGAACACCUUGGGCUGAAGGCCAUCACAGACGUCCUGCAGGACUUGCAGUAUAAGGGAAAGACAAAAAUAAUUCCAUGUUUUAACCCCAACACGUUACUGCCUGAUCCUCUCUUAAGAGAUUACUGGGUGUAUGAGGGCUCUUUAACCACACCGCCCUGUAGUGAGAACGUCACCUGGAUUCUUUACCGUUACCCGCUUACCAUCUCUCAGAUGCAGAUUGAAGAGUUUCGUCGUCUCAGGUCCCAUAUUAAAGGAGCAGAGCUUCCAGAAGGCAAUGAUGGGAUGCUGGGGGACAACUUCAGACCCACCCAGCCCCUGAGCGACAGGGUGGUCAGGGCAGCCUUCCAGUAAACCCCCCCCCCUGCAGGAUCCAUUUUAAUCAGCCAUGGAAAUUAGAAUGAUGAAGAACUAGAGAUGAAGGCUCUACAAUGUCCUGGCUAAAGUGGACGUUCAUCACUACCUGUAGAGUUGCUUGGGCCUUGUUUUGUAGUUAACCUUCCUGAGUAAGCUGCAUUUACUGUUCAUUUAAAAACACAAUUAUACUGGAUUUCAUGUAAACAAGUGGAAGCCAGCGAGCAUGAAGAGAAGCCUGGAGAUAAGCUUGUAUGGUAAAGUGAAGGAGAAUAUUAACGCUUGAUGAUUUUUUUAGAAUGCUGCAAUUAAGAACUUUAACAAUAUGUAUGUAGCAUGUGUGUAAUCCUAUAAAUGUGGCUUUAUGGGAAUAUCAUACCACACAGUACAAUACACAUGACUGACACGUAACGUAGGCAGAACAAUUCCAUGCAAUAUUUGACUAUUUUUGAUAUUCUGAUACAUAAUUUGAUACGGUCAGAAUCAGUCUAGUCAUAACAGAAGGUAUAUAUGCUUGUAUGUUGAAUGCUUUUAAAUAUUAGGACUGAAAUAAAUUCAUGAUGUUGAAUGAACUGA